UAAUCAGACAACAAAUGAUGAAAGUACUAAUGAACCUGUUAGUAAUCAAGUAACUAGUAGUACACCAUUUGAAAGUAGUUCUUAUAGCAAUAAAUUAUUUAAACUUGACCUUAAAGAUAUUCAACUAAUACCUCUUACCAAAACUCCUGGAAAAAGUUGGAAUGGGCUUCAACCAUAUAGCUAUUUGAUGGGAUCAGUAGACACUUCGACAA